AUGUCAUUGCCGGCUGCACAACCCGUUCCGAUCGUUCCAGGAGUCGAUCCACAUGUUUGCUAUAACGGUGCUGUACCGAUGCAGAACUGUAUUAUUCCUAUCGCUAUCGUUUCGCCUUUUGCAUCGGUUCCAAUCAAGAAACCCGAAAAAUUCAAAAGAGCGACUGUGCUUGCGAAGGAAUUCAAGAUGUUCGAAUCCACUUCGAAGUCCAUGAUACGGCAAAGACAACGGUACUAUGGAAGCUCUCACAACCUGGCGACUGCUGACGUAUCACGACAUCCACUCUGCGCUCACGUGCAGAACAUCGACGCGAGAACAUAUCGCGAUCGUGCGCUUAGUAAAGAACUCGGCUCUUCUUCGCUCGAGCUGAAUCAUGCCGCUGUGUCUCCAUUAGCCAACCCCGGAGUCACAACUUUGCCACGCAAACGUGAGGUCAUCACAUUUUCGGGACCACGAAAGAUAGCAAAUAAUUCUCAAGGAGUUCAUUCCGCAGUGUUAGUUCGACGUAAUAAGAAAUACGUGCCAAGGCAACCAGGAGGAACGUUGGAACGAGUGGCUUGGCUCGGACCCUAUUCUGGCCAAGAACUAAUUAGCUCAUCCGAUUCCGACACUACUUACAACAGUCUUUCACAGGAUAGCAGCGAUUCACCUUCAAUCAAUAAAGAAAUCAAAAUGCCGCUUCAUAUGGAAGCACUCACACUUCCACGAAGUUUAGGCGGAUCCCAUCAUCAUCCUAGGAUCGACAGCCACUUUUUCAAUCCUGACUACUGUGCAACUGUAGGACGAGUACGCCCACUCCACGAUCCGAUGAACGAUAAACGAUUCGCAACGAUGGAACCAAGCGACGCAAGGCGAUAUUUGGCUACAUCGAUCUAUAUCGAUGGUAACGACUAUGGAACGAUCAAAUCAUACUGUGGCACUCCGACACGAUUACGAUCACAGACAUUCACAUCAGCAUUUGAAAUGGCGCCCACUGGAGGGCCACCGAAGCGAACUGACGUCAUAUUCGAGGCAUUGUCAAAAGGAUUUUCAUCCUUCAUUUCGCACUACACUAACGAGGUGCAACGCCUACGCGACGAACUCACGGACGCUGAACCCGCUCAGUUGAAAGUUAUCCAUGAUGAACUCUAUCGUGCUGAAGAAAGUCUACAACUGUACGAAUCCCACAAACAACGUCUUGCCAAACUCUAUGAGAAGUAUCGUACUGGUGCUUACAGUAACAUGAAAGCGAAAUCGUCCAGCAUAACUGAUCUUCGCGCCGCAUUCACCGGCAAAACGGUUGACCGUGCUGCAGCCGCUGUCGAGAUGGAAUUGCAAAAUAUGAUGGGGCGAAUAGUCGUGGAUAUCAAAGCGAUCGCCGGAUUUGCGCGAAUUGCAGCUGGUGAUGUGUUUGAAGUGACUGUGAGACAUGGAAACCAAAAAUGGCGAACAAGAGGCAGGACGCAAGCGGAUCGCACGCAGAAAUGGGACAGAUCGCAAGCGAUUCUAGCUUGUCAGCCAGAUGCCAGCAUUGAAGUAAAGGUUGCUGAAGUUCGAAUGUUCAAGACAAAGGUGCUUUCUGAGAGAUCAUUCGAGCCUUGCGAGCUGUUCUCGUCUGAGCCUCAACUCGUCACCAUGAACCUCAAUCAGAUUGGAACCAUAAAACUACAGCUGGUGGUUACAUGGAUACCACUUCUUGCUUCUCACACUACUGCUCGGGCAGCUGUGGGACCAAAGAGUGAUGAGCCACAUAGUGAGAUGAUGGAGAAGAAGCCAAGAAUCGUAUUGAGAGAAAAGAAGCGAGGAUCCGCCGCUAGAGUUGCAAUGAAGGAGCAAUGGCGUUCAUCUACUACACUUCUCGAUAAUAUUUAUCAGGACGUUAGCAAAACCAUUCCAACCGUGGAAGCGAUGUCCACCUUUGAUCUACGUCGUCCAGCGCAGUCAGUUAGCCCUGUUCGUCAUGUGGGUAGGCGAUCGGCCAGUAUGGCUCACCUGGUAGCAACACCUUCGGAGAGUCCUGACAGCAUUCGAGCAUUCAAUAAAAGGUUCGGCAGUGCAACGCCAUCAGAGACCAGUAGCGACAAAUCUGGCUCCUCAAACGAAAUGCUUGAAACAGCCGAUAACUUAGUGCCAACGGUGGAUAGGCUAGCUUCAACCCAAUAUCCGGAGCUACAGUCGUUGGUUGAGACACUAAAGCAAUGGCAGAAUGUGCUGCGGAAGUAUAACCAACGCCGAAGCUCACUGACUCGCUCUUCGCUUUUCCACACUCCUAGCACGGCAAGUGAAGAACUUGACGACAAUGUCCUGAUUGCUGGAGAUUUACACUCUGAAAACGACAGCGGCAUCGAUUCUCUCCGUCAGCGAUACUCGCCAUUCGUUAGCGAUGGCAUGCGCAAGAAAUAUGGCGAAAGCGGUGGUGGAGGACGAAAAGAUGGCAAACGUUUUAGACAGAUGAAAGAACGACGAAAAUCGCUGGGAGCAAUGCUGGACCCAGCUGAGCUUGAACAAAUGUACCUAGAAAGUGAUCGUUUCUGGGAAAGCCCAGAUGAUGACACUAAGGGAACAGCUACAGGAAAUGCUGAGAUCGAUAUGUGUCUACGAUAUCAUUUAUCUAGAGUGUCGAGAUGUCUCCAGAUCCUUCAGUCCAUUUCCACAGACUCUCCUCUGGUUUACAAAUCAACAGAAACUUUGAAAAGAUUGGAGGUGGAAACGGUGACAUUAGACGAUUUGCUACGAUUAGCAAAUACUGUGCCAGCAGUGCCAAAUGUGGCCAAUGUCCUAGCCGAAAUCGGUGCUGAUCCAUCACUACAAGAAAUUUGGCUUUCUGCUUGCUAUCCACUUCACACUCAGCUGAUUGCACCAAGAGAUGAUCUUCGCACUCAAAUCAAACUUAAUAUCGCUCAUAUUGUUGAACAGAAUUACCCACAUCUUGUCAAUAGAGUCGCGGAUUCAAUUAUUCGACUAAUGGCCGAUUCUACUCAAGAAGAGAUGAAAUUCGUCACAGUGUUCCAUUUUGUUGGCGUGUUUAGAGGACGACAUUUUGAGUCUUAUGUCGAGAAUCUAGGACAUGAUGCAUGGAUGAUUUCUCUUCUGUCAAGUGGACAAGCAUCUCGUGUAUUACAAGUGGCUGAUCGUUUAUCAAGAGUUCCAAUAGUGCCACCAAUUGAAAGUCUCAAACAAAUCGGUCUAAUUCUUGCGGACGGUGAAGAGCAAAACCGCAAGAUUUUAGAGCGAUAUCUAUCCUCUGCAAGAGGGCAGCUUCAGUCGGACCUCAUUUCCUCAUACCUGUGCUUACUGGAAUCCGAUGAGGAGCUUGGUCGACUCGGCGCUAUUCGAGCACUCACCGUCAUAAAUAACUCACGCACCACGAGGCAGCUUUCUCACGUCGCAGAGAACGACUCGUCCGAAAAGGUGAGACGUGAGGCUGCUCGACUGAUACGUCGUCUUGGCGGAAGCAAAACACCGUCAGAUGACGAGCAAAUCACCCGCAUUUGACCCGCUCAAAUUAGUUUGUGUGUCUAUAUCUGUCUUCAUUUGUACCAUGUUUCUUUUCUGCUCAGUGAAUGUGCGGUUCCUAAAGCUUUCUUCCUCCAUGCUAAUGUUUUACUUAUGGCAUGUUUGAUUAACCUUUGAUUUAAUUGGCUUGACAGCUGGAAGGCGCGGCUUUGUGACCUAAAUGAGGCCGCUCGCGUCCGCGACGCAGUUGGCGUCUCUCUCGCGCGCGUGCUCUCUUAUCAUUACCUAGUCUUAAUCAGGUCACGAAGUCCCGCCUUCCAGCCGCCAAGCGAGUUGAGUCAAAGGGUACAUAGGGUUAGAUUCUAUAUCUUAAGCACGGCCUGUACUUCACAUUUUUAUAAGAUUGUUUUUUGAGCCAGAUUACUACUUUAACCGUGUGCCUUAAUCUGUGUGUGGUUCUCGCCAAUUUUUCGGCGGGUUACCCUUUCCUUGAAGUUUGAUUUUUGUAGAAGUAUUUUCUUAGCUAUCCAUCCCACAAAAUUACGUUUAUUGUCAAUGUGUCAUCUUCAGGUCUUUAGACACCAUAAUUUCUAUCCUCUCUUAUUAAGCUAUAAUUGUACGUACUUAAAGCUCACAGCACAUAUCUUGCUAAAAUAAAUUUAUGACCGUGUUACUAUCGCUCACUGCUCCAUAUCAAUUAUCUGAUGACUUUGUUAAUGUAGUAAUUUCCUCUUAAUCAACAACUUUGUGUGUAGAUCUUUAUCCAUUACAUCGUUGUGCGCUGGAAAUGCUCGCCAUCGUCAUUGAGCCCUUUCGGGUUUGUAUAAAGAGGUUAUAAAUAAAUAUAGUCAAUAUACUGUA